AUGGAGGAGGGGGAAAGGAGCCCCCUGCUGUCCCAGGGCGCCGGGUGCCAGGAGGAGCCCCUCCCCAGGAGCAGCCCACUCACUUCAAGACACCCUAGGCCGGCACCCCGAGAGGACCAGGUCUGGAGGGCAGGCCCUGGGGGAGACCCGGCCCCCUCUCUCCCCUUGGGAAGCAGCUGCCUGAAGUACCUGACCUUCCUGUUCAACUUCCUCUUCUCUCUGCUUGGUCUGCUGGCCCUGGCCAUUGGGCUCUGGGGCUUGGCUGUCAAAGGGUCUCUGGGGAGUAGCGGGGGGGCAGCCCUGCCCGAAGACCCCUUGCUGGGACUGACACUGGGGGGGCUGGUGGUCAGUGCAGUGAGCCUGGCAGGCUGCCUGGGUGCCCUCUGCGAGAAUGCUUGCCUGCUGCACUGCUUCUCUGGGGGUCUCAUCGCCUUCCUGGCGCUGGAGGCUGUGGUGGGUGCCCUGCUUGUGGCCUUCUGGGGCCCGCUGCAGGAUGGCCUGGAGCCCACCCUGCGUGCGGCCAUCACCCACUAUCAGGAUGACCCGGACCUGCGCUUCUUCAUUGACCAGGUCCAGCUGGGGCUGCAGUGCUGUGGGGUGUCCUCCUAUCGGGACUGGACGUGGAACCUGUACUUUAACUGCAGCUCCCCUGGGGUCCAGGCCUGCAGCCUUCCUGCCUCCUGCUGCAUCAACCCCGGGGAAGAUGGCGCGGCUGUCAACCACCCGUGUGGCUUCGGAGCUCUGGGCCUGGAUGAGGGUGCCGCUCAGAGACGGGUGCAUCUGCAGGGCUGUGGCCCUCCACUCCGAGGGUGGCUGCACAGGAAUGUCCGGGCUGUGGGUGCCUGCACAAUCGUGGCUGUGGUCGUCCAGGGGGUGGAGCUCCUGUUGGCCGCCCAGCUGGUGAGGGCCGUGGCUGUCCGCCAGGUGGGGGGUGGAAGCCCCAGAACCGUGGGGACGGAAAGGUCCCCUGCCAAACUGGCCCAGGGCCGACAGCCCCGUAGGACACCCAGGGAAGGUGUCGGAGUAACCACGCUGGGUCUCAGGCACCCGGGCCUCCUCCACCUGCUGUACCUCCCACUCCACAGGGGCCCCUUUCCCUGA